AUGCGAGAGUUACUACAAAAACCUACUCUCGAUACUGAAGAUGCUCCUGAUACUAAUAUGAAUGCUCCCGAUACUAGUGUGAAUGUGAGAGUUACUACAAAAACCUACUCCCGAUACUGA